GUAAAAAUGAUAUAAAAUUAAGUCUGAACAAGAAGCUGAACUAUGGCUGAGUAUAAGCCCGAUAUGGGGCAAUUACCAAGUUGUGAAAAAUCCAAGAAAGAACAUUGUGGAACUUACGUUGAUUCUGUUUUUCAUCCUAUCAUUGAAGAUCCUGAUUCAAGAAAGCAAUUUUCAUGGUGUGAUAUUCAGAUAAACAGUUCAACUCAAAGACCAGACUUUGUAGGAAGAAUAUUGAACAAUGUUGUUUGGAAUGGCCCUGUUACCGUGGGUGAAGUAAAGGGAGAAGAUACAAAAGACGAUAUAUACGCGACUCUUUUGGACUUAAUUAGAAUUGGUCGAUUUUCUAAACAAUCCAUUGACAACAAUUUCUAUGAAGGAUUGAUUGGUGUUCAUACUGUUGGUUUGACAGUGACAGUCUAUUAUACCUGUUUGCUUGAUUCUGGACUUUAUGUAAUGAUUGAAAUUUGCACCAUAAGUAUGCCUAGAGACACUACUCAACUCAGAGCAUAUGUUGCCGCUUGUGAAGAUCUUUUAUCUGUUCACCAUUUACAGUAG